UUUCAAAUUAUAAUAUGAUAGAGAGUGAGAGAGGUUCUUUAAAAGUUGGUGGUGUGCAAAAAGUGAAUGAAGAUGAGAGUACCAUAUCAAAGCAUAAUAUUGGAAGCAGCUAGCAGCACUCUUGAGUAAUUCAGUGAUGGCUUUCACACUAGACAGGUGUGAAGAUAGCAUGGUGUUCACUAUGGAGUCUCACAAGUCAGUGCCUGCUCCCUUUCUGACAAAGACAUACCAACUUGUUGAUGACCCUCACACUGACCACAUUGUGUCUUGGGGUGAUGAUGAAACUACAUUUGUUGUGAGGAGGCCCCCAGAGUUUGCUAGAGAUCUUCUUCCCAACUAUUUCAAGCACAAUAACUUCUCAAGCUUUGUUAGGCAGCUAAAUACCUAUGGAUUCAAGAAGGUAGCUGCUGAUAGGUGGGAGUUUGCAAAUGAAUACUUCAGAAAAGGAGCAAAGCACCUUCUAUGUGAAAUCCACAGGAGGAAAACCCCUCACCACUAUCAACAACACUACCACAUGCAUGACCAACCACCACAGCUUCUUCAGCCAGAUGAAAACAUGUGUUGGAUUGAUGCUCCUCCAUUACCAUCUCCUAAGCCAGGCACUGACAUCUUAGCAGCACUUUCUGAGGACAACCAAAGACUGAGGAGAAAGAACUUCAUGCUCUUAUCAGAACUCACUCACAUGAAGAACCUAUACAAUGACAUCAUAUACUUCAUCCAAAACCAUGUAAGUCCUGCUGCUUCCUAUGAUGAACAAAGAAGCAGAAGUGCUAUUCUGAAGAUGGUGGAAUUGGAUUCAUCACCAAAUGUUAUAAGACCAACUAAGAGCCGUAUUAUGGAGAAGUCUUUGGUGACUAAUUCUAGUGAUGAGCCUAAUAAUAGUUCUGUGAAGCUCUUUGGUGUUCCUCUUUGUGGCAAAAAGAGAUUGCACCCAGGUAACCUUGUUCAACAAGAAUAGUACUUGAUAGUCUUAGAAGAACUUCACAUGAUGAUUAUUAGCUUAUUGUAUUGGAUAGAUCUUAUUCAUGAUUUUGUUGACAUUUGAAGAGAAGCAUUGUAUAGAAGAGGCUUGUAUUCAGAUUAAUUAACUAGACUGUUGUUUCCUUGGAAUUUUCUAUUAGAAGAAGCAGUUGUUUGCUUAUUUUGGAGUUAAAAAUAAAAUAGCUAGCUAAUUAUUUA